CGGGGCGCACGGACAGACGGGCCGACCGAGCUGCGGGUGCUGGCGGCCAGCAGGCCCUGACUCAGCCUCCGGAACUCGCUGCCUCGGACCCACCAUGAGCCGCUCGGGCAGCCCCGGCCGGUCGGACGGUGUGCCCAAGAUGAGUGCCAAGGACCUGUUUGAGCAGAGGAAGAAAUACUCCAACUCCAACGUCAUCAUGCACGAGACAUCCCAGUACCACGUCCAGCACCUGGCCACGUUCAUCAUGGACAAGAGCGAGGCCAUCGUGACGGUGGACGACGCCAUCAGGAAGCUGGUGCACCUGAGCGCCAAGGAAAAGAUCUGGACGCAGGAGGUGCUGCUGCAGGUGAACGAGAAGGAGCUGCGGCUGCUGGACGUGGAGUCCAAGGAGGAGCUGGAGAACUUCCCGCUGCCCACCGUGCAGCACAGCCAGACGGUGCUCAACCAGCUGCGCUACCCGUCGGUGCUGCUGCUCGUGUGCCAGGACUCGGAGCAGAGCAAGCCCGACGUGCACUUCUUCCACUGCGACGAGGUGGAGGCGGAGCUGGUUCACGAGGACAUCGAGAGCGCCCUGGCCGACUGCAAGCUGGGGAAGAAGAUGCGGCCGCAGACGCUCAAGGGACACCACGAGAAGCUCCAGCAGCGGAGGUCGGUGCUGCCCGCCGCCCAGGGCCCGGCGCCCAUCCCCUUCCAGCGCUACGGCGGGGACUCGGUCCCCAAGAACCGCGUGGGCCUCCCGGUGCCGCUGAGCGAGCCAGCAGGGUUCCGCCGCCGGGAGUCCCAGGACGAGGAGCCGCGCGCGGUGCUGGCCCAGAAGAUCGAGAAGGAAACGCAAAUCCUCAACUGCGCCCUGGACGACAUCGAGUGGUUCGUGGCGCGGCUGCAGAAGGCGGCGGAGGCCUUCAAGCAGCUCAACCAGCGCAAGAAGGGGAAGAAGAAGGGCAAGAGGGGCCCCGCAGAGGGUGUGCUCACGCUGCGCUCCCGGCCGCCCUCCGAGGCCGAGUUCGUGGACUGCUAUCAGAAAAUCAAACUGGCCAUCAACUUGCUGGCCAAGCUGCAGAAGCACAUCGAGAACCCCAGCGCGGUGGAGCUGGUGCACUUCCUCUUCGGGCCGCUGGACCUGAUCGUCAGCACGUGCGGGGGCCCGAGCCUGGCCGCCUCGGUGUGCAGCCCCCUGCUGUCCCAGGAGACCGUGGCUUUCCUGCACGGCCACCUGACGCCCAAGGAGAUGGAGCUGUGGAAGACGAUGGGGGACGCCUGGACGCUGCCCCGCGCCGAGUGGCCACGCGACGCCCAGAUCCCCUUCUACAUGCCCAGAUUCCACAGCGGCUGGGAGCCUCCGCUGGACAUGCUGCAGGAAGCGCCCUGGGAAGUGGAGGGGACGCCCACGCCCCCCAGCAGCACCGAGCCCACUCCAGGGAACCGGUCGUCCUUCCGGAACCCCACAAGGCACAACCCGCCCUCUGAGCCCGCGCCCAUCCGAGACCCCCCACAGUACCGGGCUCCCAGUCCUCCCAGGGCCUACGAGCCUGCCCCCACCGUGACCAAGUUCGCCCGGGUCCUCUACGACUUCACGGCCCGCAACUCCAACGAGCUGUCCGUGCUCAAAGACGAGGUCCUAGAGGUGGUGAGAGACGGGCAUCAGUGGUGGGAGCUGCGCAGCUCCCGGGGAGAGCUGGGCUACGUGCCCUGCAACAUCCUGGUGGAGGCACGGCCCGAGGAGGCAGGCCGGCCGCCCGAGCAGCCCGGGGUGAAGUACUGGGGUCCUGCCAGCCCCACGCACAAGGUGCCCGCGGGGAUCUCAGGACACAAAAACGAGGUGAUGGACGAGGUGAACAACGAGCUGCAGCUCAAGAUCCACCACUUCAAGUCGCAGCCGCCGCAGCCGCCGUCGCAGCGGCCCUUCCGCGGGGAGCGCAGCCAGCCGGCGCGGCCGCCGCUGGCCUUCGAGUCGGGCCCCGAGCAGGUGCACGCGUGGCUGCGCGCCAAGGCCUUCAGCGCGCGCACCGUGGAGCACCUGGGCGUGCUGACGGGCGCGCAGCUCUUCUCGCUCACCAAGGACGAGCUGCGCACCGUGUGCGGCGACGAGGGCGCGCGCGUCUACAGCCAGCUCGCCGUGCAGAAGGCCGCGCUCCAGGACGCGCAAGGCGACUCGGAGCUGCAGGAACUCUUGACCAAGUUUAGCUCCAUGAGCCAGCGGCGGAUGGAGGACGACGACCGCUAG